AUGUCAAGGUUUCGUUGGAUAUGGCAAGCUUCCCUGAAUGCAACCAAGAAAGCUCUGACAUGGAACGUUGAAGAUUGGACCCCUCCCAUUGAAAAAUACAUAUUCAAUUUCAGUUCAAAAGAGGAGCUCAAAAAAUGGCAUCUUUAUUCUGAUGCUGAAUAUGGAGGGUUGUCUUCGGCUUCGUUGGAGAUCAAAGAUGAUUCAAAUAAAACAAGCGGAUUUUUGUCUGGUAACCUUUCCCUGGAUGUAAACGAAGGUACGAAAUGGAAAAUAACUAGGAGCUGCUUUUGUGGAAUGCAGUCCAAGAAGGUGAACAAUAAUUCCAUUUUCUUUUAUGGAGUCUCCGCUUGGUAUGAUGGAUGGAAAGGCAUGAGAAAGGAGAAUUUGUAA